AUGGAGUUUUCACGUCUAUCUCUUUUAACUAUAUCAUGUCUGGCUCUUGUGGGAAUAGUUGCAUCUCAUUCUGACAUGGAAGGCAAAGUACUCUUUUUGGAAAAAGACCUAUAUCCGGGCAAAAUAUUCAGAGGACUUCAAAGACUAUCUAAUGUUCAACCAUUCCGAUCAAUUGGAUGGUUGCCGAUUGAAAAAACAAAUCAACAAUCCAAAAAUGUAAUCGAAAAAGAGAGAUAUAGUCUUGAUGAGAUUUGUGGGGGUCCUCCGGCUAUAGGAGAAGACAAAUUAUGUGUAACAUCCUUAGAAUCGAUGAAAGAUUUUGCCAUUUCAAAGCUUGGGACGAAAAUCAAAUCGUAUUCAGGUUAUUUUGCCAAAAAUCAAGAACAAUAUAUGGUCAAGGAGGUAAAGAAAAUUGCGGACAAAGGAGUAAUGUGUCAUAAAUUGAAUUUAGGAAAAGAUAUAUUUUAUUGUCACCAAGUUAAUGCGUCAACGACUUACAUGGUUCCUUUAAUCGCUUCCGAUGGAAGUACGGUUAGGGCAUUGGCCGCUUGCCACCAUGAUACAAGAGGCAUGAAUCCAAAUUUACUUGAUGAAGUUCUCAAAGUUAAGCCCGGGACUGUCCCAGUUUGCCAUUUUGUUGGCAAUAAGGCUGUUGCUUGGCUACCCAUUCGUGUUAGGAGUGACUCCGAUGAAUCAUUCUUGUGCAAUCUAAGUGAUUGGGAGUAA